UUUACAUUAUCACUCUAUAUUAUGUCCGUUACUUCUAAUCCUUACGGCCCAAAUCCUUCAGACUUCUUGUCUAAUGUGAAUAAGUUCGAACUUAUCGAAUCUACCCUUCGUGAAGGUGAACAAUUCGCUAACGCCUUUUUCACCACCGAAAAGAAGAUUGAAAUUGCCAAGGCUUUGGAUGAUUUCGGAGUAGACUACAUUGAGUUGACCUCACCUGUUGCCUCUGAACAAUCCAGAAAAGAUUGUGAAGCCAUUUGUAAGCUUGGACUUAAGGCUAAGAUCUUGACCCAUAUCAGAUGUCACAUGGAUGAUGCUAGAGUUGCCGUGGAGACUGGUGUUGACGGUGUCGAUGUUGUCAUUGGUACCUCUCAAUUCCUUAGACAAUAUUCUCAUGGUAAGGACAUGAACUACAUUGCUCAAUCCGCUGUUGAAGUGAUUGAAUUCGUCAAAUCUAAGGGUAUUGAAAUCAGAUUUUCAUCCGAAGAUUCUUUCAGAUCUGAUAUUGUUGACUUGUUGAAUAUAUAUAGAACCGUCGAUAAGAUCGGUGUUAACAGAGUUGGUAUUGCUGACACUGUUGGUUGUGCUAACCCAAGACAAGUUUACGAACUUGUCAAGACUUUAAAGAGUGUUGUUUCUUGUGACAUUGAAUGUCAUUUCCAUAAUGAUACUGGUUGUGCCAUUGCUAAUGCUUACACUGCCUUGGAAGCUGGUGCUAAGCUCAUUGACGUUUCCGUUUUGGGAAUUGGUGAAAGAAACGGGAUCACUCCAUUGGGUGCUCUUAUGGCUAGAAUGAUCACUGCCGACAGAGACUACGUCUUAUCUAAGUACAAGUUGCACAAAUUGAGAGAUUUGGAAAACUUGGUUGCUGAUGCCGUUCAAGUUAACGUUCCAUUCAACAACCCAAUUACUGGUUUCUGUGCCUUCACCCACAAGGCCGGUAUCCAUGCCAAGGCUAUCUUGGCCAACCCAUCUACUUACGAAAUCUUGAACCCAUCUGAUUUCGGUUUGACCAGAUACAUUCACUUUGCUAACCGUUUGACCGGUUGGAAUGCUAUCAAGUCAAGAGUUGACCAAUUGAACUUGCACUUGCUGGAUGAUCAAUGUAAGGAAAUCACUAGUAAGAUUAAGUUGUUGGGUGAUGUCAGACAAUUAAACAUUGAUGAUGUUGAUUCCAUUAUCAAGGACUUCCAUGCUGAGGUCUCUACCCCUGCAUUCAAGCCAGUGGAUAUUGCUGACAACGUGGAGGAUGAACCAGAAGCUAAGAGACAAAAGAACUAGAUUACGACC